CCACACAUUCUAGUCCGGUUUAGGCCUUUGUACAUCACCAAUGUUUUUUCUUUCCUAAUAAUUUGAUUUUUUUUUUUUUUGUAUUUUCACGGUCGCUAAUUUUCAGUAACGAAAUAUCGUGAGUAUUCUGUAUGCCUCUUGAUCGGUGUUUGCGAUAGGUUAGGUAGCAGACAACAAUUAAAAACGCGACCGACCGCUGAUCGAACGUAUCCGUUCGUCGACUUCAUCGAGAUGUCAUCGAGACGGGACGAAAGAAAACACAAACACGCGUCGAAAAGACACGAAGAAGAGGACAAUUUUGAUCGUCGAAAGCCACACAAGUAUCGUGACAAUAAAUCGCCUGAACGUCAACACCGAAGACAUAAUUCAAAUUCGGACGAUGAUCGUAGAAAAAGACCAAGGUACGAUCGCAAGGACAACUCAAGACAUCAAAACAAUUCAGAUUCUGGUCACCAAUGGGGCACCAAAGAAUCGUCCAGCGAUAAGAAACCGGUAGUAAAAAAAGAAGAGCCUAAUUUUGAAACUACUGGCAAAUUAGCCGAGGAUACAAAUACUUUUAAUGGCGUAGUUAUUAAGUAUAGCGAGCCAGCCGAGGCAAGAAAACCUAAACGACGUUGGCGAUUAUACCCGUUCAAAGGAGAAAAACAAUUACCUGUAUUACACAUACACAGGCAAAGUGGGUAUUUACUCGGACGUGAUCGCAAGGUGGCAGACAUACCAAUAGAUCAUCCAUCGUGCUCAAAACAGCAUGCAGCUCUUCAAUACAGGUUAAUUUCAGCCAAAAAAGAUGGGCGCCAUGUCAGAUGUAUCCGGCCAUAUAUUAUUGAUUUAGAAUCAGCUAAUGGCACAUACGUUAAUAACCAGCGUAUUGAUCCAAAAAAAUAUGUAGAAUUGAUGGAGAAAGACGUCAUUAAGUUUGGAUUCAGUUCUAGGGAGUAUGUGCUUUUACACGAACAUAGCACGGAUUCUGGAGAUGAUGAUAGUCUUGCUGAAGACGAUCCAAAUGAGGAAUCCAAUGCAGAUUGAAUGCAAAACUUUUCUUAAGGAAUUGAGAAAUGUUCUUAUUUUUUUAAAUUGUAAAUAAAAUUUUUUUGAUACAAAAAAAAAUCAAACAAAGAUCAAUAAUUAAUUUCUUGUUUUAAAUAAUUUCCUUUGUACAACGAAAUAUGACUUUUUUUUGUAUAUAUAGUACAAUAAAUAUUUUUGUAAACAAUUUCAUGACCUGAUAAUAAAAUAAGUUUUUAUUAUAUGCUAGAAAUAA